AUGGCGCACAGCACAUGCACAAGCCAUAGCACAUGCACAAGCCACAACAGCACAUGCAUAAGACAAAAGGCACACGCACAAGGCACAAGCCACAGCACACGCACAAGGCACAAGCCACGGCACAUGCACAAGGCACAAGGCACAGCCCACACAAGGCACAAGUUGACCACAGCACAGACAAGACACACCACAGACAAGACACAGCACAGACAAGACACAGCACAUACAAGACACACCACAGACAAGACACACCACAGACAAGACACAGCACAGACAAGACACAACACAGCACAGACAAGACACAACACAGCACAGACAAGACACAACACAGCACAGACAAGACACAGCACAGACAAGACACAGCACAGACAAGACACAGCACAGACAAGACACAGCACAGACAAGACACAGCACAGACAAGACACAGCACAGACAAGACACAGCACAGACAAGACACAGCACAGACAAGACACAGCACAGACAAGACACAGCACAGACAAGACACAGCACAGACAAGACACAGCACAGACAAGACACAGCACAGACAAGACACAGCACAGACAAGACACAACACAGACAAGACACAACACAGCACAGACAAGACACAACACAGACAAGACACAACACAGACAAGACACAGCACAACACAGACAAGACACAGCACAGACAAGACACAGCACAGACAAGAUACAGCACAGACAAGACACAGCACAGACAAGACACAGCACAGACAAGACACAGCACAAGAAAGAAUUUGGCAAAAUGGAGUACAAACUUUGA